AUGGUCGACAAGAUCUCUCCCCACGACCCACGAGUCCAGUACAAAACCGCCGAUCUCAAUGGCAUAAACUAUUCCUACAUCCUCGCCGAGCCAAGCGGCAAGCCUACAAAUACCAUCUUCCUCAUCCACGGCUGGCCCGACCUCUCUCUAGGAUGGCGCUACCAAAUCCCCUUCCUGACCUCUCUUGGUCUCCGUGUUAUCGCCCCAGACAUGAUGGGCUACGGCGGGACUGACGCCCCCUCUUCCCUCUCUUUCUACACCUUCAAACGCGCCGCCGAUGACAUGGCCGCCCUCGCGCACCAGCUCGGCCUCUCAUCCAUCAUCGUCGCCGGUCACGACUGGGGAGGAGCCGUAGUCUACCGCCUCGCCAUGCACCACCCCCACCUUAUCAGCGCGCUCAUCAGCAUCUGCACGCCCUUCGGUCCCCCCACCACCGAGUACUUUGACCUGACCACCCUCCCGAACUUCCAAUACCAGCUGCAGCUCCGCGGGCCUGACGUCGAAGCCCAGAUCGUGGGGGAGGCAAAGAUCCGCCAGUUUCUGAACGCUUUGUUCGGUGGUCAGUGUCCCAAUGGCGAACUCGCCUUCUCCGUCGACCACGGCUGCUAUUUCGAGAAGCUGCCCAAAUGCCUCCCUAGCAGACUGGUAUCCGCCGCAGAGCUGGACUUCUACGCCAACCGUUACGCGAUCCAUGGCAUGCGCGGCCCGCUGAACUGGUACCGCACAGGCCCGCUGAAUUUCGAGGAGGAGAAAGAGCUCGCGGCGGAGCUGGAGAAGAAUGAGGAUUGGAAGUUCGAGAUCCCGGUCUUGUUUAUCGCGGGCUCGAGGGAUGCGGCGCUGCCGCCGUCGGUUAGUGAGGGGAUGGAUAUGUGGUUUGGGGAUCUGACGAGGGCGGAGGUGGAUACGAGUCAUUGGGCACUGUGGGAGAAACCGGCGGAGGUCAAUCAAUGUAUUAAGGAGUUUUUGACGCAGAAGGUUGGGCCGACGAAAGCUAAUCUUUGA